CUGACAUCUGUGUACAGUGUAUCGUGUCGCUCAGGAGGGGCGAUGGUCUGAAACAGAUGCAUAGAGCUCCCUGGUAAAUGGUCAUGCACGUGCUGCAAACGACUCUGGUGAACUCCGCGCACUGUAUCAGUGUAUUUUUGAAGAUGGGUGAACUAACGAAGGAAGCUUGGGUUUUUCUCCAUACCGCCAUCAGCGCGACGAUGUCCAGACCCGGCAAAGUCGCUCCUCAGAUGUCAGCCAGAAAGCCAUCUUGCACUAUUUCCGCAGUCAAGAAAUACGCCACUUCGGGUUUUCUGCUUGGGAGAGCGUCUCGAAAACCACGUACGUCGAAGCAUACGAGAAGGCAUGGUUCAUCUAGCGUCGAUGUCAUGCUGGAAUCCAUCCAUCCAUUGACAGAAAAAACGCGAAUGCUCUAUGUCAACAACUGAGUUGACAUGAGGAAGCGCGUCAUUGCCCAGGAUCAUUGCCUUCCAUUGAAUAUGCGAAAAUGUGGAUCGAGGCCAAUGAACACCGUUUUCGUGGACCGUGUCAAUUUAUGUCGAAUCGUCGGAUAACG